GGGGGGGGCUCCAGGCCGACCCUAGCUGACCGUGUCUGUGCCUCGCUCACGCGAAAUAUCGACAGGGCCAGGUUUGGUUUCGCUGCGUCGCGGUGGGUCUCUACUCGCAGCAGGGGUACCCAAAUAGCGAUCCUGACGAUUGAAGGGUAAAUAUAUGGGGAAGACGAGUUGGAUGGACCUGGGGGCAACGCGACUACCGCCUUGAUGGGAGAAAUUGGGAGGAUGUCAGAGAGCCAGAUCAGGCUGAGAGCUGUGCGCCUGUCUCUGCGACUAAGCUUAGGUAGGUAUGCUGCAAUAUGCUCGUCUCUUGGGAAGGGCGGUUGAGAGAGAGCUGCGGCUAAGAUUCAACCAAACGGGUGACGAGCACGGCUCCACCGAUAGCUCCGUCGUCUAUGCGAUCUCGGGCAGCCGGGGAAGAGAAGCGAAAGUUGACAGAAUGGAAGAAAUAAAGUCGACAGACAAGAAAGUAGCCGACAGCUGAUUUGAGACGAUGCGGUUGAUGUGGAUGUCUAACCUCCACAGUACAGACACAGGUGGCACAGAGGCGGGCGGUUCGGUGGUACGGGUAAAGAAAGAGGCCAACCCUCCAACGGAACGGCGAAGAAUUGUUAUGGUUGCAAGGAAAGGAAACCAGCGGCGAUAGAAAUCUGUGUUCACUGUGCUUCUCAACGAGCAAGACAAGAUGGAUUCGAGUUGUGGAGGAGAGUCAAGUCAGAAAUGUCAGAAAUUUGUGUAUCGUCUGAAUGGUUGACCGAGUUCCGCUCCGCCCUAUGGACAGGCACCUCACAUGGUAAUGAAUCAGAAGGGGGGGGCGCCGAAAUGGAUCGUCGUAGCGUUCGCUGGCAGUCGAGCAGAGGAGAGUGAUCCGACAGGACGAAGGGAAGAAGGCUAAGAAGUCAAGUCGUUGAAGUAGACAAGGCCGAGGUGCUCACGA